AUGAACCAAGACACCUUCUCCUCGCUCAAGCUGCGUCGCCCGUCCAGCAAGCUGCACAAGGACCCGCCGCCGAACGUCAAUUCGCGCAGCCUCAAGAGCCAGCAGAGCAACACUUCAUUGAAAAGACACCCCUCCGCCCCCGUCUACCCGCGUUCCUCGGGCAGUGGCAGCCGAGAGCAUCUGCGCACCCGCUCCAACGCCUACGGUUCUUCCUCCUCCUCGCUGGACCAGAGCAGCGCCGGGGCCUCUCCCGUUCUCGUCAAUAGCAAUCACGACUCCAGCUAUUUCACCUCCUCCUCCUCCUCCAAGCCUCGCCACCCAGGCCGUUUCUCCUUCAACAACGAGCUCAGCUCCGAUGAUCUGAUCGGCGCCCCCUUCGACACCCGCGGGAUGCUCGGCGCCCUCGACGAGAACACGGUCGCCGAAUCCGACCGUACCCCUCCAAGCUUUCUACAACACCAGCAACACCAACACCAGCAACAACAACAACAACCCCCGCCCUUACUAUCCUCCCACACAAGUCCCGAUCGCAUUCAGACCCUCCGGCAGUCGGCCAGUUUCUCCGCCCUGCACAAACGCAUGGAUGGUUUCCGCGGGGGUGGUGGUGGCGGCGGCGGCGACCCCGACCGCGGCCUGACUGCCAAACGCUACUCAGACGAGGGUAACGUCAAACCCCCCGGUCGCAGCAAAAAGAGCAGCUUCUCGAGCUUCGUCACCAGCAUGCUCGGCUCCCCCCGUAACAUCAAAAUCUCCGCUCCGGAGAACCCCGUCCACGUCACCCAUGUCGGCUAUGACAAUCAGACCGGUCAAUUCACCGGCCUCCCCAAGGAGUGGCAGCGUCUGCUUCAGGAGAAUGGCAUCUCCAAAAAGGAGCAAGAGGCUCACCCUCAGACCAUGGUCGAUAUCAUGCGGUUCUACGAGAAGAAUACCCGCGGCGAUAGUGACGAGGAGGUCUGGCACAAGUUCGACCACGCUCAGCCUCUGAAAUCCCCCACGGUCACGCCCAUCCACGUCAGUACCACCAUGACCACUAUCACCACCACCACCUCCUCCUCCUCCUCCCCCUCCCCCUCCCUCAAUAACUCCGGCGCCUCCGCCCCGCGGGCUGCCUCUCCGACAAGCCCGCGCUUCCCGCAGAAUCAUGAGGGUAGCUUCGAGAACCCACGCGCUCCUCCGCCCAUUCCCCGUGCACCACCCGCCACGGCCGCCAUGUCUCCCCCGCUUGGGGGCCUGGUCCCGAACCGCUCGGCACCUAAACCCCCCGCAGUCCCUGCUAUCGUACCCGCUCGCCCCCCCCCGGUACCCCCCGUGUCCAGCCCUCCUCCUCCUCCUCCUCCUCCUCCUCCUCCUCUUUCUUCUUCUUCUUCUCCUUCGUCUUAUACCGCCACUCCCAAUAACCUAAUGCGGUCGACAGCCGAUCCGGCCUACGGCACCGCCUUUUCCACGCCGCCCAUUAUCCCGGAGACGGAAUCGCUGCCGCCACAGCAGUCACAGUCGCUCAGCAGGUCAAACUCCCGCACCAAUGGGACCACCCCCGCCGCCGGCGUCCGCAUGCCGCCGGCAUCAUCGGGACCCAUCGCAACGCCCACCCAGUGGCAGCAGCAACAGCAGCAAGCGAUGGCCUUGGCCCAGCAAAAGCUGAAACAGUCCAAGGAGCUGGAGCGAAGCCGCAGCCAGAGUCAACGCCAGCCCGAGUACCAACCACCGCAGCAACAGGCAAUGCACGCCGUAGAUCCCCGGAUCCCCGUUGCGCAGCCAGCACCGCCGGUGGCAGUGGCGCCGCCCAUGUCCCCGCAGGCGAGCGAUGCCUCGGGGAUGCCCGGGUCCACGUCCGCCGCGGCGCGUGCACCACCUGCGGCGCGGCCACGGCAACGGGCGCGCCAGAGCAACAUCAUGGAUGUGCGUGCCCGCCUGGCCUCAAUCUGUACCCCCGGCGAUCCGACCAAAAAGUACUAUAACCUGAACAAGAUCGGCCAAGGAGCCUCCGGCGGCGUCUACACCGCCUAUGAGGCGGGCACGAACAACUGCGUGGCGAUCAAACAGAUGAACCUCGACCUGCAGCCAAAGAAGGAUCUGAUCAUCAACGAGAUCCUGGUCAUGAAGGACAGCAGGCACAAGAACAUUGUCAACUUCCUGGACAGCUACCUGCACGGCCUGGACCUGUGGGUCGUCAUGGAAUACAUGGAGGGUGGCAGUCUGACCGACGUGGUCACCUUCAACAUCAUGAGCGAGGGCCAGAUUGCCGCAGUCUGCCGCGAGACUUUGAAUGGCCUGCAGCAUCUUCACUCCAAGGGUGUUAUCCACCGUGAUAUCAAGUCGGACAACAUUCUUUUAUCACUAGACGGCAACAUCAAGCUGACCGAUUUCGGCUUUUGCGCCCAGAUCAACGACUCGCACCACAAACGAAACACGAUGGUCGGCACCCCGUACUGGAUGGCCCCCGAGGUGGUGACGCGCAAGGAGUACGGGCGCAAGGUGGACAUUUGGAGUCUGGGCAUCAUGGCCAUCGAGAUGAUUGAAGGCGAGCCGCCGUACCUGACCGAGUCACCGCUGCGGGCGCUUUACCUGAUCGCCACCAACGGCACCCCGGCCAUCAAGGAUGAGCAGAACCUCUCGCCUGUCUUCCGGGACUUUUUGCAUCUCGCCCUCAAGGUCGACCCGGAGAAGCGAGCCUCGGCGCACGACUUGCUCAAGCACCCCUUCAUGUCUCUCUGCGAACCGUUAACGCACUUGGCCCCCUUGGUCAAGGCGGCGCGCAUCAGCCGCGCCCAAGAAAAGGCGCAAAAAAUGGCUUAG